GAUUACUUUAACUAUUGGUUUUUCACGAAGUGCGAUUGUUAAUGCUAACUGAGAUAGUUGAGAGUUAUUAUGUAAGGAUAAACAGUGUCGUUAACUGUCAUUUCGUUGUUAUCUCAUAUCGCAUUUAGUCUAAUGAGUUAUACUAUUUUUUGUGCGCAAUAAAUUUGAUUAAACGAGGUGAGAUAGUAUCUUCCGUGCAAGCGUUUAAUACCGUGACUAGAAACACAGUCGAUUUCACUAUAUAAAAUAUGAAACCGUGUAAAACAUAAUUAGUUUUUGCAAACCUAUUGCUAUGAUGUACCUAUUAGUGCUUUUGCUUCUGUUAGACACAGUUCUAGGUACUCAACCGGAAGUUCAGAAUGAUGGUAGUGAAACUAAUAAAUACAAAAAAAUACAAAAUGUUGUAUUAUCAAAUAAAACAAGAAGUGGUGACGAUCAGCCUAUGUCGAUAUUCAACAAUUCCGAAUUCCAUCUCAAUUUCAUUAUUGAUCCCAAGCAGCCAUUGGCAGAAAUCGUAUUGACUAAUUUAUUGAUGUCAUUAGCAACAUCGAUACCCACAAAUGCGUCACGAAGACUUUCGAAAUCUUCAUUGGACAAUGAAAGUGCAAUUAAUAAAAUAAAACUGAUCGGUGGAUUGAUUCGAGACCAAAUAAAUGUAAUUGCACAAGAUUUGAGACUCUUUAGAGAAUCUCGUGCGAAACAACAAUUAUUGAUAACAUUGAAAAAUCGAUAUUCUGGAAAUCUUAUUGAAAACACAAUCCGCGAAGGAUACCUGACCGUACGUUGCAUUGGUGAAAUUAUUAAAGAAGUUUAUUCUAAAGUAACAAGUCACUUUGGAAGUUUCAUUAAUUCUUUCCGUCGUCAUGGUUACAAAAUGAUGAACGUACAAACGAAAAAUAAUCAAGUUAAAAACUAUGAAAAUACGUUCAAUGUACUUGAACAAUUUAUUGACACAAUUAUCAAUAUGGAAGAAUGUCUUAAUUCCGAUUGGAGGCAUUACGAUCUACGUGCUGCUUUCAUGAAAUUGACAGGACGAUCUAGUUCUGACAGUUUGAGGUUGAUCAAAAAACGUUUGAACAGACCUUUGUCAAGAUUUUUAAGAACUAAAAAGACAUAUAAACAACUUUAUGCAUUAUUCAUAUGUCAGAUAGCUGUUGACACGUUCAGAAGAGAUUUUGAAAAAUGUCUAGAGGAAAUGGAACGAAUUGAAGAAUGUAUGAACAAGUUCGAUACAGAUCUAUACAUACCCAAUAAUUGGACAAGAUCGAUUAAGUAUUUGAAAAGUUCGUGUACUAAUACGAAAGAUAGUAACGGUUUUUACAAUAUAAACUGUAACAACAAAAUAAAAAUUCCAAAAAGUUUAUAUCGACAGGUACAAUUAAUUUUCAAGGGUCUUUCAGGUUCUGAAUUGAAAGCAAGUCCUAUAUUGAAUGACGUGGCUGACGAUUUAGUCAAGAUUUUAGAAAAGAGUGAUUUUGGCAGGAAAGCAUGUUAUCAACUGUGUCGACUCUCAAUGAUUUAUCAGACUGGACUAAACAAGAAAACCAGACUUGAAAAAAUGAUACAUGACGAUAAUCAGGCUAUUGGCGAGUUUACAAAAGUUUUUCAAAAUUUGCAUGAUUUUCGAAAUGGAAUUCUUCAGGAAACUGUACACGUCGUUAAUAAGCUCCGUAAAUGUAUGAGGAGCUUCGAAAAAAUGUUGUCAGAUUAUGUCAAAAUAAGUUUGGACAAAUCUUGGUUGGAAAUGACACAAGUUUCAAAUCGAUAUUUUAAGUUAUUUACUGAAGUCGAUACUCAAAAGCGAUCUAAUAACGCGACUAAACUAAUUCGACAGAAAUCAUCAGUGUCUGAUCCUCUUAAUGAUAAAUUUCAUGAUUUGAAUUAUAAUAUUAUGCAACUCGGAUCUAGCAAUAGAAAUCGCAAAGUUUCAGAAGAAAGUUUGACAAAUUUUUUGCAAAGUGUAAAUAAUUAUAGUGUGCGAAAAUGGAAACAUCAAAAUACUGCACUAGGCUGUAUCGCCAAGAGUUUACUAUUGGGAACCUUGCUUGUAGAGGCGCUAGCAUGCAUGGAAACUUUAUUUUACAAUAACGGAAUUGAGCAACAAGUAUUAGAAGACGAGGUAUAAUUUUUCAGUGGAAAUUUCCGUACCCGUAGAGACUCAUCCCU